CUUCUCACUACUUCACUUUCCACUUACCCCAUUCCCCUUGUCUUCCUCUCUCCCGCAGUAACCAUGGAUGAGGACUACUCCACUGGCUCGGUCGACUCCGACCGUGAGAUGACCCGGUUGUGGCGCACAUGGCGCACCGUCUUCGAGAUGCUUCAAGAUCGAGGCUACGAAGUCACCGAAGAAGAAGUUCAAAUCCCCCUCACCGAAUUCCGCAUCAAAUACGCCGACCCGAUGGGCUAUCCCGAUCGCAACAAGAUGAAAAUCCAAGCCCGUCCCUCAGAAGCCAUGGCCGCCAAAUACACGCCCCUCCCCAGCAAAUCGAACCCGUCGCCCCAGCCCGACUGCGGCACCAUCUACGUCGAGUUCUGCGCCGACGCCAGCGGCGUCGGCACCAAGCAAGUGCGCGCCUUCAACCACUUCGUCGACGAGAACAACUUCCACACCGGCGUCUUCAUCACCCAGACCCCCAUCUCGCCCUCCGCCGUCCGCCUCCUCGGCUCCCUGCCCGGCCGCGUCUGCGAGCACUUCCAGGAGCAGGAUCUGCUCGUCAACAUCACCCGCCACGAGCUCGUCCCGAAACACGUCCUGCUCAGUCCUCAGGAGAAGGUGCGGCUGCUGGAGCGCUACCGUCUGAAGGAGUCGCAGCUGCCUCGUAUCCAGGUGUCGGAUCCGGUGGCGAGAUAUCUGGGUUUGCGGAGGGGUCAGGUCGUUAAGAUCAUUCGUCGGAGUGAGACUGCUGGGCGGUAUGCCAGUUACCGCUGGGUCAUCUAAUUUUUUUAAUUUUUUUUUUUGUUCUUCUUUCUUUUUCCUGAUCUGCCCGCUGGGCACAGCAUGGAGAAAGAAAGAAGGCAUGAAAAAGAUGAAGAAAAGAAAAAAACGGGGCGAAGCGAAAAAACAAAGAAAAGAAAAACACCCGCAUGGGCAGCAUGGCGUAUGGGCGAAAUCUUACAGAGUGGACUUGACUGGGCUGUAUGGA